AUGUUAUACCUGCAGGAGGGGCUGCGGAGCCUGGGCAUCCCCCUGGGCCAGGACGCCGAGGAGAAAAUUUUUACUACGGGUGAUACCAACAAAGAUGGGAAGCUGGAUUUUGAAGAAUUUAUGAAGUACCUUAAAGACCAUGAGAAAAAAAUGAAAUUGGCAUUUAAGAGUCUGGACAAAAAUAAUGAUGGAAAAAUCGAGGCUUCCGAAAUUGUUCAGUCUCUCCAGAUACUGGGUCUAACUAUUUCUGAACAGCAAGCAGAGCUGAUUCUUCGAAGCAUCGAUGCUGAUGGGACCAUGACAAUAGACUGGAAUGAGUGGAGAGACUACUUCUUGUUUAAUCCCGUCACAGACAUUGAGGAAAUUAUCCGUUUCUGGAAACAUUCCACUGGUAUGGACAUAGGAGAUAGUUUAACUAUUCCCGAUGAAUUCACAGAAGAGGAAAAAAAGUCGGGUCAGUGGUGGAGGCAGCUUCUGGCGGGAGGCAUCGCCGGCGCCGUCUCCCGCACCAGCACCGCGCCCUUGGACCGGCUCAAAGUCAUGAUGCAGGUCCAUGGUUCAAAAUCCGACAAAAUGAACCUAUAUGGUGGCUUCCGGCAGAUGGUGAAAGAAGGAGGCAUCCGCUCCCUUUGGAGAGGAAAUGGUACAAAUGUCAUUAAAAUUGCUCCGGAGACGGCUGUGAAGUUCUGGGCAUAUGAACAGUACAAGAAGAUGCUUACCGAGGAAGGACAGAAAAUAGGAACGUUUGAGAGAUUCGUUUCUGGUUCCAUGGCCGGAGCCACUGCGCAGACGUUUAUUUAUCCUAUGGAGGUCUUGAAAACCAGGCUGGCGGUAGGCAAAACUGGACAGUACUCCGGGCUGUCCGACUGCGCCAAGAAGAUCUUGAAACACGAGGGCAUGGGAGCUUUUUACAAAGGCUAUGUUCCCAAUCUGUUAGGCAUCAUACCUUACGCGGGCAUAGACCUCGCCGUGUAUGAGCUCCUGAAGUCCCACUGGCUGGAUAAUUUCGCCCAAGACUCCGUGAACCCCGGCGUCGUGGUGUUGCUGAGCUGCGGCGCCCUGUCCAGCACCUGCGGGCAGUUGGCCAGCUACCCGCUGGCCUUGGUGAGAACGCGCAUGCAGGCCCAAGCCAUGGUAGAAGGAAGCCCACAGCUGAACAUGGUUGGCCUCUUUCGCCGAAUCAUUUCCAAAGAAGGAAUACCAGGACUCUACCGAGGCAUCACCCCAAAUUUCAUGAAGGUGCUCCCUGCUGUAGGCAUCAGCUACGUGGUUUACGAGAACAUGAAACAAACUUUAGGAGUGACCCAGAAAUGACACGUUGAAAUUUUUUUUUUUUUUCUUUUGCAUGAUUACAGAAAUUCUCAAUAAUCUUCAGGGGGACUUUUCCCUCUAGACUUGCAAGAAGCCUUAUUUUUUCACAAAAAGGAAGAGCUUAUCGGUGAUCACUUUAGACAUUUGCGCUCAAUUUUGUACAUACGGAAAUGUUUUUAAAAAAAAUCAUAGUUUUGAUAAGCUCAUACAGUUUUGAAAAGGCCAGAACGUUGUAUUUUAUCUCUUCUUCUAAGUCCUUCCUGCAGAUCUCUGCCCCGAACCCUAAAUCUGAAACAUGUACCUGCCUGAACUAGGUUUGUUUUGUGUGGUAGAUCAUAAAUCAUCCGUCUUUAUUUUGGAUGGUUCAAGUUUAUGCCAGUUUCCUUAUACUUAAGGGAUGACACACUGAUUGUCGUUAUAUUACUGUUAUGCUAUCAACACAAGGCAGCUUAUUCGAAGGAUUCUGUUUAAUGUGUCUUUGCUUUGAAAAACACCAGGAGACAAAACCUUUUUUGUGUUUCAAGAGCAUCUGUCUUUUGUUUGUCCUUUGUUUCCUACUUGGGUCAGAUUUCGUUUUAAUAAGGAUGGCUUCUGGGGACCAUUCUUCGUAAUCUGAAAUUUUUUAGUUACAUGAAGUGGGUUGAUCAUGGGCGAAUGACAUUCUCUUUCCCCCCUCAUUGUUGAAUUUCUUUGAACCUGAAAUUCUCAACUUGGGCAACACAAACCUGGGAGAAUAGUACAUGUUAAUAGUAACAAAUAUUAUUCUCAUAUAUUAGGUACUUAUAUUUAAAUGAAAGGCCCAAUUUAUAAACGCACACAUUUAUAUUCUCUCUUGUUCCAAGUUAUAGAACAUGUUAUGAAAUAGAAAACUUAAUUUUUAAUAUUGAUAGCAUGUUUUUAUUUUACUAGAGCCAUUUUUUUUUGUAGUCAACUAUCUUUUCUGAUUUAUGUGAUUAGGACUUAGAAAAAUAUUUAUUAGUUGAAGUUAUUCUUACCGCUUUGUAAAUUUAGUUCCUGAACUUGUUUGAUUUCUAGUAAUUUGUUAUAAAUUGCCAACUUUUUAGUGAAAAUCUAGUGACAGAAUAGGUAUUUACUUUAUUUGAAUCUACCUCUUCUAUUUUAUGAACCAAAGAGAAAUGUUGGACUUGUCUUUGUGAAACAUAUCCCAAAAUAUAGUUUUCAUUCUAUGAGUUUUGCCUGGUAAGUGUCUCAGUAUUUUUUAUAAUACAUAUGAUAAAUGUGGGACUCUAUCUUUAGGGUGGUUUGUACUUUGGAGUAAUACAAAAACGACAAUAUUAAGGUACAUGAUUAACUUUUUUUUUUCUCAUAAAAAUUAUGGAAUGAACAACUGAAAUUUCAAGCUACUGAAAAAUCAUCAUUGUUCAUUGUGAAUUUAAAUCGUGUGCUAUUUUCACAUUUGCAAAGAGGGAAUGUGAUUCAUCUGUGCAUCUUGUAUCUUUUGAAACAAUGAUCUUGUAUCUCUUGUAAAGGGUCCGGAGUUGAAGAUACAUUAUUUCUGGCAUUAGCGAAUAUUUACUUUCCAUUUGUAUUAAAAAAAAAAAAGUAGUUUUAAAAA